AUUUUUGUAUCUUUUUUCUAUUUCUGAUCUGCCAUGGCUACAUCACUCAUGGAAUCCAGUUUCAUUAAAGGCUGGCAGUGAAGGAGAGCUAUGCCCACAGGCUGACAGCAUUGGCUCCUCAGCCAGUACCAGUACUCUGGCAUCCUCUGUCAUUGAAGUUGAAUCUGGUUGUAAUGAUCUGGCUUUAUGUCAUGAUGAGGAUGACAUGAUCCCAUUGCCUCCACCACCAUCACUAUCCAUUACUGAGGAAAUCAUGCAGUUCAUUAACCAGAGCCGUGUUCGAGAAGGCAUGGCAGAGUUAACGUCUGAAGUGUACCUGACAACUCCAGAGUCCCUGGAAGUCCAGUCAUUGGAGGAACAGCAGCUGGAUGAGUCCAGGCCACUAGUAUCUGAGGUGGAUGAAAAUGAGAAGCAGACAAUAUAUCCCAAACAAAUAGAGGCAGAAAAAAGGCUGGUAUAUCAUGGGUUAGACAGCCAUCCAUACUGUGAGGCAAAUUAUUCUCCACCAGAGGACCUAGAGAGACCAUCAUCCCCACUGAACACCUCCAAUGACAUGAAUCAAUCAGGAGAAUUGACGUACUCAGAGCUCAGUCAUAGUGAUUCAUCCAAACCAGAGUUGGUCAAUGCCAUAAGUGAAAAAGAUAGCAAAGAUACAGUGGACACUGUUACUGAAAGGCAAGAGUCCCAUCUGUCAGCUAAUUUGGACAAAACCUCUGAUGACACAUCAUGUGUGGGCAAGUCAGCUCAUGCUCAAAUCCCUACUACAUCUGAAGCAACUGACAGCUCUCUUUCCCCCAAAGUAGAAGUGGAACAAAAGAUGAACAAAAGUGACAGGCAGAUUAUUGAGAAGAUACGCAGCUAUUAUGAGGCAGCAGAAGCAGGUGUCGAGGAAGGACAGACAGCACGAAGAAACAGUUUCUCUCAUAUUCCUGCUGGUGUGGUGAAGGAUUCUGUGUCUAGAUUCAAUAUUUGUGUUAAACAAGAAAGCCUGGUUGACUCAGACAGUGGUCGCUCUGACAGUAUUGAAAACAACUCAUCAUUUUUACCACUCCCAACAUUGGACCAGGCCAAAAAGAUUCUCACUAGUGAAGAUCCUGCAGAAACAGACUCUCCCCUUUCUCAUUCUGAUGUUAGCCAAGCACAACAAGAAUUAUUAGACAGUAAAUCAGAAGUUGCAAAGGAUGAACAGAUUUGUGAAUUCAAUCCCUGUAUGAAACUCUGGGAGGAGAAAGAGAGAAUGAUUCAAAAUAAUCUAAAAGUCCCUCUCUUGAGGGAUUACAGCUCUGGUGAGUUUAAAGAUGCUACAGAAAAAAAAGAGACAUCCAUAAAUUGCAUGACAACUCUAGUACAACAUGAACAAUCUGAAAUGUCACAAUGCGAUAAAGAAAUUUCACAUCCAAUGAAUCUGCAGACAACAGAGAAAGCAGAUACACCUCUUCAAAGCCUAGAUAGCCUUCCCAGUCAGAUUAAGGUUGGCCGAUGGUCUCGUCAUGGCAAGGUAGUUACCUGUAGCCGCACUCUAUAUGAAGGAAUGGCAGAAGUACCAGAUUUAGGAUUUUUUGAGGGAGGACCAGUCAACCAAUGUUUGGUAGAGAACUCAGAAAAGAUUCUCAAUAAAGUGCAAAUGCUUGCACGCAUGUACACUGCCAAGGCAAGCAGCAUGAAGGUACCACUACAUCAGAAGAGAACACGAGUGAGUAGGGGAGAAUGGGCAGUGGAGGCAAAAGUAAGUGCUCCACCUAAGUCUCAGCUACAACUGCACCAGGGGGAAAUUAAUACACUUUAUCAACCCACAGAAUCAUCAGUUCCCACACCUUCUGAGCCUUUUGGUCACAUUAUUGUAAGGGAGCAGCUGUCCACAACCUAUCACCAGGAAAAUUAUAGUAAUCUCAUUGGGCCCCCAGAAAAUAUCUCUAACUGGUCUUUUUCUUCUACUGAAUCCUCUGCUACAUCAGUUCAAACAGUAUUAGAAAGAAAAACAGUUAUGGAAUCACAGGUCUUUGUGAUAUCAAAUAAUAAAGACAGCUCCUUAGAAAAAUGUGAGUCUCUCCCACAUGAUGCAGUUUCUCAAGAAGAUCGACCCGUGUUACUCACAAAAUGUUCUGUAAUUCAAGACCAAGCCGAGCCAGAAAUGUCUUCCAAUAUCUGCAGAUUCACUUCGGACCAGCAUUCUGACAAUGUAAUACAUUCUGUUCAAGAGAACCAUUGUAAUGCAGUGGACAAAUCCAUUUCAAUAAAUAGGAUUGAAGAAGAACAUCAAAGACAGUUAUUGCAUGAAGAGGACCGUCCUUUUGUGAGCAGUUCUGGUUCACCUAAUGAACUUCUUACUGACUCAGUAGUCAGUAUACAUUCAGAAGAAGAGGCUCACAAUAUGGAGGAGAAAGAUAACUUAAUUGUCAAGCCCUGUAACAGUAUAACACUGAUGUUCGAAUCAUCCACAAAUGAUAAACCAGAUGAAACACAACACGCAGGACAUUUGACAUCCAAGCAGGGAUGGAUUGAUGAUGAAACCACGGGCAGUGAGGAAUUAACAUCUAUAGUGUCUUCUGCUAUUGAUGUUGCAGCAUGCUCUCCACUACAUUCAGCACCCACCUUCGAUAACUGUGUUCAAAUCCCAGUGAGCAGUGGAAUAACCGCAAUGGCCAUCUCUGAGGGAUCAGAGCAGUCAUGUCAUUUGUUGCAGGAUCUGUUGCAGGAGGAUACAACUAGACCUACACAACUGGCACCUUUGCUUGGUUCAUGUAGCAAGUGUGGUCACCUAGAUGUCAAAGCCAAGGAAGAUGUGAAAAAUGAUUUAACAAUUUCAAGCCCACCCUCUACAUCCCCUCUAGGUGGACCUCAUUUGGAUGAGCUACCAAGGUUUACUAGCCAAAUACCUUCCAAUCUUCAAUCCACCACAAGAAAGAGGAGUCUCUUUAAUUGGAAUUCAUCCACUCUGACCUCAUCCUCCCAAAGAAUGCCACAUACUGCACUGCGGACUGAGGAACAAAUUCUAGAGACUUCAGUUUCUGAUCUUUUUCCUCACAAACAAUAUUUCUCCCAGUCUUUUAAUGAUAAGCCUCCCAUUGGUUGUGGACGUCCACUUGAUGCAAAACCACCCUCUGCCUUUAGCCCCAAUCUGCGAAUGCGUUCACCCUCUCCAAUUAUAGGUGCUCAGAACCCCAGACCUUCCUCAACUGCUUCAGCUCUUACAAAGUCUCUUGCUGCCUCUUGUAUCAGUCAAACAAUUUCUCAAAGCAUGGCCAAGGAGAACGUACACCUCCAGACUGCUUUACCACCAGUAAGCUCCCCUCCUCCCCCCAUAUCCUCUAUAAGACUAAGGUCACCUUCUCCUAAAUCCAUCACCCUGGACUCAAGUGUUGAGCCAAGUUUCAGGAGUAUAUCUAGAACAGGAUUAGAGAGUCAACCCACAAAAUUCUCUCCUUCCCCCUUCUCACCAAGCAGCCUUCGAUCCAGUCCAGCAACAAUCCAGUCCCCUCCUCCUUAUCGUAGUCAACGAUCAAUAUCCCCUGCAUCUCCAGUUAGCCUUCAUUCAGCAAGCCCAAGUUCAGCUCAUGAGCAGCCACCUUACACCAAUUUAAAUGACAAUAACAACAAUAACAACUGUUUGAGCAAUAAUGGGUGGGCCACUAACUACCAAAAUAGAACACACUCAAAUGUGGGUGGAUCCUGUCAUUUCCAAGAUACAAGAACAACCAUGCAUAACAGAGUGGCGCGGCCCUUUCCAUCCUCUGAGCCCAGCUCUCGUGUGCAGUCGCCCUCCCCCUCUUUUUGUCCAUCUCCAGGCACUUGGAUCUACUCACCUCCACCUCCCCAGAACCAUAACAGUCACUUGGUAAUGAAGCCACCUUAUCCCCGGUCACCCAGACAAGGUGGAGCAGGUGUUUUUACCCCUCUAUCUGUGGAACUCUCAAGAUCAAUGUCUGCCUGUUCAUUAUCAUCCUGUGGAAGCCCCAGAAUCACCUCUCCUCCCCCUAUUGGCAUUCAAUCAAGUGAAUGUGGCUUUGCUAACCCACAGCCAAGGAAUCCCACAGGCAGCAGAAUCAUCUCUCCUAUUCCAAAAGGAAUGUCAUGUUCAACAAGCAACUCUCAGAGUCAGAGGAGGCAACUGGGAAGCAGCUUGCCCUUUGUUACUCUAAGAGAUAGACCACCUAGCCCAGCUAGACAUGAGCGUAGGUCUUGGGCAGAAAAUGGACAAUGGUCAUUAGGUUCAGAAUCAGGGUUAACAAGUCCUCGUGGGGGUUCAUGUGAUAGUCCAUCUUCCAUCAGUCCUGGCCCUCUAUCACCACUCACACUAACAUCUGGAAGGACCAGGCAUAGUGGAAAACAUUUCACAAGCAUUUCCUGGCCAGAUGUACAUGAUCUGUUGACUAAAUAUAACACAGACCCCAAUACCGAAACAGAUACUUUGUCCUGCGCAAUGACAGAGCAAGAUGACAUGCAGUUAGCAGAAACUACAUGCCGGAGUACUCUGAUUUGUCCCUUUGUAGCUCAAGCUGACUCUAGCUAUGAGACAGAGACUCCCAUCCAGUGCCCAAAUGAGGACAAAAGAGAAGACAGUAUUCCUAAUCAAGGGGCCAAAACAACGUUAAAAACCAGCUACGCCACUACUGUCAACUUGCAGAUUGCCGGUAGUGGCAGAAUAACAUCCUUUAGUAAUGCACAAGUCAGCCUUACCCAAACACUGGCCCCUGUGACAGAUAACCAGAACAGAAGAAGGGUCAGCAUCAAUAGUUGCAACUUCUCAAUGCAGAACUGCAAAAGGCUUUGAGUGGUGUACUGCUGAGGUGUAGAAGGGUGCCUCAUGCUUUAAUGACACUUUAUCUGGCACUUUAGCGUGUAGCAGAGAGGUCAGUUAAGAGAUCUAGGUUCUCUUCACUCAAAAAGAUUCAUGGAUGAUAAAUUACGGGUGUCAGACAAUUGAUGCUAUGGUCAGUGAUUUUUUUUAAACCCUUUUGUUACAAAAGGUGCUGUACACAUAUUGGACAAAUUAUUAAGGUUCAACCCUAGUUCCUAGCCAGGAUACAAGUUAAACAGCAUUGAAACUCCUUUGCUUAUUUUGAUAUAUUUGCCAGUGUUGUUUUAUUGCUCUUUUUAAGACUCUUUAAUAUGCAAAUGUAUUAUGUGUAAUUGAACCAAAGCCUCUGUCAUUAAAGGGUUUUAGUUGGCUGUGAUAUAUACAGAACUCUUAUUUAUGAAGUCAUUGUUUUCUGGCACUUCAGUAAUGUUUCUUUAUUUUGCACGUUUCUCUUAUGUGGUACAGACGUGUCUGGAAAAUAAUGUUUCAGACAAAACAUUUUCAUGCAUGUUAAAAUAAAUGUCCAUUUCCUUGUUUUACAUUUAAAAUUUUUAUUGCAAUAUCUACACAAAAUUUGGUCAAUAUGACAUUAUAUUUAUAUUUUAAAACAAAGGAACAUGAAUCGCUGCUUUGAUUGACGUUAACCACAACAUCAAUCCAUCUGAUAUUGUUGAAAUAUUUGCUGUACACACUGAAAAAGCAUUCCAUCAUGCCCUAGAAUUUAAUUUAAUUUUGUUUAUUUUUAGUAUAAUAAUUUGGUAAUUUUAAAGGAGUUUGUUAAAUGUCCAUUUGCUAAAGAUUCUAAGGGAAACUAAGAGAAACCAAUGAAACUUGUGUCUUAUAUUUGCUUAAGUAAAGCCUUUAUGCACCACAUUAUAUUUCAAGAAAUGGUGCAAUGAAAUCAAAUUUGUUCAAAAUCUGUUAUCUGUACUUUUUCACACUGUAGGAAAAAUGUGCCUUCUGUUAUUUGUACUUAAAUAAA